UAUUAUUAUUAUUAUUAGGUCUUUUGGGUGAGGAGAAGGAGAUAAAAAGCCUCCCCACGUCCUGUAUUUUAUUUAUUUAUUUAUUUAUUUAUUUAUUUAUUUUUGGAAGAGGGGGGUUGUUGGGGGUUGUCUUGGUGGCCCAGGUCCUCAGAUGCUUCCUCUUAGCCAUGGGGAAGGACCAGGAACUGCUGGAAGCUGCUCGCAUUGGGAAUGUGUCUCUGGUGGAGAAACUCUUGGCUGGCAGGAAAGGAGGGCUCCUGGGCAGCGGAUCUGGACCCAUUCCGUUGUCCAACUUGCUGAGCAUCUGGCGAGGACCAAAUAUAAACUGCACAGAUAGUUCGGGGUACACUGCUUUACAUCAUGCAGCUUUGAAUGGCCACAGGGAUGUAGUUAUCAAAUUACUUCAAUAUGAAGCAUCCACAAAUGUGGCUGAUAAUAAAGGAUAUUUUCCUAUUCACUUGGCUGCUUGGAAAGGAGAUGUAGAAAUUGUGAAGAUUCUUAUCCAUCAUGGACCAUCACAUUCCAGAGUAAAUGAACAGAAUAACGAAAAUGAAACUGCUUUGCACUGUGCAGCCCAGUAUGGACAUUCAGAAGUAGUAGCUGUUUUGCUUGAAGAACUUACUGAUCCAACAAUAAGAAACAACAAAUUAGAGACCCCAUUGGAUUUGGCAGCUUUGUAUGGCCGCCUGCGAGUAGUGAAAAUGAUAAUCAACGCAUAUCCAAACCUGAUGAGCUGUAACACAAGAAAGCAUACUCCUUUGCACCUAGCUGCACGUAAUGGCCACAAAGCUGUUGUACAAGUGCUGUUGGAAGCUGGAAUGGAUGUCAGUUGCCAAACAGAAAAAGGAAGUGCAUUACAUGAAGCAGCUUUGUUUGGAAAAGUGGAUGUGGUACGCAUUCUGCUAGAAACAGGAAUAGAUGCCAACAUAAAGGACAGUUUAGGAAGAACUGUGUUAGAUAUUCUUAAAGAACAUCCAUCUCAACAAUCACUCCAAAUUGCUGCAUUACUUCAAGAGUAUAUAGAAACAGGACAUGCAGCAGUUUCAGAGGAACCUGUACAAGAAUGUCCAGAGAUAGAUCACCAAGAUCAGCAGUCCUGUGUUUUAUUUCCAGAGGUUUCUCCCACACAAACAACUAAAAGUGAAGUUGUGACUGGAGAGUUAUCAAAACUAUUGGAUGAAAUCAAACUUUGCCAAGAAAAGGAUUAUUCUUUGGAAGAGCUGUGCCAUACAGUAUCAGAUCACUAUCUGGAUAAUGUUAGCAAAGUGUCAGAAGAAGAACCUGUGAUGAAUGGAAGCCAAUCCAAAUCUACUGUAAGGCCGUCUUCAACAAAUGUGUCACCAACUGAAGAAGAAGAAGAAGAUGGAGGGGAAAAUAGUUGUGGACCUACAGGUUUGUGGGAAGCACUGACACCCUGUAAUGGAUGCAGGAAUCUUGGAUUUUCCAGUCUUACACAGGAGUCAUUUCCGAAGAAGAGGAGUUAUACUCUGGAAGCAGUACCAUCUGCUUCUUCUGAUGCAUUUCCUUUAGAAAAUGAGAAUGAUCUUUGUGAUCUUUUGGAUACAGCAGUCACAAAGAAACCCUGUUCUUUAGAAAUCACAAAAGGACCUUCCUCAAAGACAGAUAAUGCACCUCAAGUAGCAAUUAUUGCACCAGGUACCAGUAACCAUAGAAACAGUUCAACAGGCCCAACACCUGACUGCUCUCCUCCAUCACCAGAUACUGCACUGAAAAAUAUAGUGAAAGUUAUUCGGCCUCAGCCCAAGCAACGUACAUCAAUAGUGUCAGCUUUUGAAUUUCACCGAUUAAAUCACAGCCAUGAUUAUUUUGAAAUCACCUCUUCCAUAGGAUAUGCAAGCUUUACUUCCAGCCCUCCAAUCAGUCCAGCUAACUAUUCAAUUGGAUCAGUUGAGGGCAGCAUUGAAGAUAAUGACAUUCCAGAAACCCAGCAAACAUCAAUUGAAAGUGAGCAUCUUGAAGCCUAUCCUUCUGAGCAGUUUGCUGGUCUGCUUCAUGGAUCAUCACCUGCUUGUGACCCACCUAAAAAUCCACUUCAACUAUAUGGAAAAGUAAGCCCAGCUGAUGAAUUACACAAUGAAAGUAGCUUGAACCUGAGUAUUUUGAAUCCAGCACAGUUACAGCAAGAAAACAACACUGAUACGCCAGUUAAAAAGAAAAAACCGCCUGUUUCGAACAGAACCGUAUUUCUUUCGAAAAAUAAUCUAGGAGAAACUAAAACAUUGGCUGGCAUUACAAGAACUGGGGAUCAAUGGGUUGUUAAUGCUGCAGGAUUUGUGGAACGUGCUUGCACUCUAGGGAGAAUACGAUCUUUGCCAAAGACUCUCCUUGACAUGCAUUUAUCGAAAUAUGUUUCAAAAUCUGACUCUAACCUAAUUUCCUACCCACCUAUUGAGCAAAAAUCAAGAAGAAAUUGGAAUGAAUCUACACCAGAUCCUGAAAGCUCUAGAGGAACAUCUGAAAGGACACCAUCAUUUACUUCUGAAUGGGAAGAAAUUGAUAAAAUUAUGAGUUCCAUAGAUGCUGGUAUAAUCACUGGACUAGGAGAGAUUAUCAAUGGUGUUGCAACACCCAGAUGCCCUGUCCAGACGGUGGGACAAUGGUUGGAAAAUAUUGGGCUACCUCAGUAUGAGAAUCACUUGCUGGCUAAUGGAUUUGACAAUGUACAGUUUAUGGGAAGCAAUGUUAUGGAGGACCAAGAUCUCUUGGAAAUUGGAAUACUUAAUUCUGGACACAGACAAAGAAUUCUACAGGCAAUUCAGCUCCUUCCAAAGAUGAAACAGACUGGCAAUGAUGGCUACAAUCCCACCUCUGUAGCAGAAUGGCUAGAUUCUCUGGAACUGGGAGACUACAUCAAACCUUUUUUGAUAACUGGCUAUACGUCAAUGGACCUUGUGAAAAAAAUCUGGGAUAUUGAACUAAUUAAUGUAUUAAAAAUCAGUUUACUUGGCCAUCGAAAACGCAUUUUGGCCUCACUGGGAGAUAGGCUUCACGAAGAUCCUCCUCAGAAACCACCACGAUCUAUAACCCUCAGGGAACCCAGUGGUAAUCACACUCCUCCUCAGUUGUCUCCUUCACUUAGCCAAAGCACUUACACUACUGGUGGCUCACUGGACGUACCACACAUUAUCAUGCAGGGGGAUGCAAGGAGAAGAAGAAAUGACAGCUAUUUUGACGAUAUUCCCCGAUCAAAGCUGGAAAGACAAAUGGCACAGCAGUCGUCUGUCUGUGAGAUAUGGACCAACCAGAAUGCAGGAUAUCCUUACACAGCAGUCCAUCAGGUUCAUAAUACUGGAGACUGGGGUGAACCAUCAAUUACCUUACGACCUCCAAAUGAAGCAACGGCAUCAACACCAGUACAGUACUGGCAACACCACCCAGAGAAACUCAUCUUCCAGUCAUGCGAUUAUAAAGCAUUUUAUUUAGGUUCUAUGCUGGUAAAAGAGCUAAGAGGUACAGAAUCAACGCAGGAUGCCUGUUCAAAAAUGAGGAAGUCUACGGAACAAAUGAAGAAAGUCCCUACUAUUGUUUUAUCAGUUUCUUAUAAGGGAGUAAAAUUUAUUGAUGCAACAAAUAAGAAUAUUAUUGCUGAACAUGAGAUUCGUAACAUUUCCUGUGCUGCACAAGACCCUGAAGACCUCUCUACCUUUGCUUACAUCACAAAAGACUUGAAAACAAAUCAUCACUACUGCCAUGUGUUCACAGCCUUUGAUGUGAAUUUAGCCUAUGAAAUAAUUCUCACAUUGGGACAGGCAUUUGAGGUAGCCUAUCAACUUGCACUUCAGGCACGAAAAGGAGGACAUUCUUCAACCCUUCCAGAAAGCUUUGAUAAUAAGCCUACCAAACCCAUUCCCAAACCACGUGUUAGCAUUCGAAAAUCUGUGCAGAUAGACCCCACUGAACAAAAGACUCUUGCCAACUUACCAUGGAUUGUAGAACCAGGACAAGAAGCCAAAAGAGGAAUUAAUACCAAGUAUGAAACCACAAUUUUCUGAUAGUGAACUGUCCUCUAGUUCUUGUUGUGCCUUGCACUCAAAGCAGUCAUAGCACAGCCUUUCCUUGACGGCAACUCUUCAGUCUAGUAGAGGGGAAGACUGCACUAAAUGAGUGGCCUUGAAACUAGCAAAAACAUAAAAGCGGGGGGAAAGGCUGCUGGUCAUUUCUGAUGAUUGUUCUUCCUGCAGCAUUGACAGAAGAAUGACAUGGGAUGGAGACAUUUCAAUUACAGCCCACAAGAGGAGCGGGAGAUUGUUUUCACGCAAGCACUUCUCUUAGGACUUUGCCACAGUGCUUUCUUUGAUUUCGUAUUUUAAUGUUCUACUUUUACAACAGUCUCUAAUGCUGCUUAGUUAAACAACAUUCAGUUGUGGUUGGGUUUUUUUAAUUUCGAACAUGACAGUUUUUAAGUUGAAAUAGAUUUAAAUUAUUUAAUACGAUAUUUGAAAAAUAUUUAUGGAAUCAUGGGGGUCCUAUAAAAAUUAAUUAACUGUACUGUUUAAUAUCUUUUAAACAAUUAGUAAGUGCAAAACAUUAACUUCCCUGAUUUGUUAUUUGCUAGUUUUAUGUAAUCUUCAUGCCAUUUAAUCGUUCAGAGAAAUGAGGUUCUGUAUAGCAGUGUUACAAAGAAUCAAAGUUUUAUGAAUGGCUUAAAAAAAGGAAUAAUAAUGCAUGAAAAUGCACCUUGCAUUAAAUAUUUUUGUGGGAUAGAGGAAAAUUAUAAGUAUGAAUAUUUAUGAUAAAGGAAGUCAUUAAUUAUGAAAAGAGUUAGGCUUUAUUUUAAAAAAUAAAUUGCUGCUCCUGUAUUGCCAGAGCAGUUAACAGUGGGGUCAUCAAUACACUGGAUGGUUCACUUAGGAGGAGGAGGAGGAGGAAAACAGACACCGCCAGUGAUUGCACUACAGGCAGGUUUUCAAGUUACUACAGUAUAGCCAUGAGUUUGAGUUUUUAAGAAUCAGAGAGAUGGAUUUAAUCAAAACUAGGAAUUUUAUCAAAUUUUCUGUCUUAGAAAGCUGGUUUAAAUGAAAAAGUUCAACUCAAAAAAUGAAUUUUUCCUAAAUAAACAAAAAAUUCCAAAGUAAUAAAUUCUUCCCACAAAACCUGUCAAGCAUUGGCUUGACACUUGACUUAAUAAAGUUUACUUACAAUUUUCUUUGAAGUAUUUUAAUUUUGUAAUGUCUUUGUGGAGUAUUUGUAUAAUAACAUUAUGUAUAUUUCAGUGGAACUGAAUGAAUUAUGAAGUAAAAAUAUCAAUCAUAAGCGAAAAAAAUACAUUUUAAUGUAUAUUCUAUCCAGUCAAAGUGUGAGUCAUUUUGAACUUCAUUAUAGAGAUAUUAAUGAAUAGUGUGGUUGACUUAAUGUUUUUUUAUUAUUCUUUGAUAUUUAACUGACAAUUUCAGUUACACUCAACCUGGAUUUUUAACAAAAUUGAUAAUGGAACUUGAUUUAAAAUUGUAUAUGGUUUAGUUGAACCUAAUCAUAGCUCUGAAUGACAAACAAACAAAAAAGAACUCCUUUUAAUACAGUAUUCAGUUUACUUGAAAUGAUGAGCUCCUUGUAUAUAUUUUGCCUAUUCAUUGUUGAUAUGUAUGUAGUAGGCUGAAAGUAAACACUGAAAAAUAUAGUACCAAAAGGAAUAUUGUAUAGGAGAAAAGUAAAUAGUAGCCUCACUGCAACAAAUACUUCUGUGUAAAUAUGCUUGGGCUUCCAGUUAUAAAUUUUGUAAUUUUUGUCAUUAUUUAUAUCCUAUGAAAGCACAUAAAAUAAAUUGGAGUUGUACAGUCA